CAAAAACACCACUUUUCCUUUUUUGUUUUUGUUUCUCUCUCUUCAUUAAUGUUAAAAACUUUGAUCAUCGGAUUGGGUUUAAAACAUUGAAAUCUUUUUUCCUUUUUAUGGUAUUGAUUUGAGAACCAGUGUCAGCUUUCUUUCGAUCCUCUUCUAUUUGUUCGUUUGAUGGGAGUUAUUAUUUCCCGGGAAAAAAAUCACUUUUUGCCAUGGCUGCUAAACUGUCUUUCAAGGACUCUCUUAAAGCUCUUGAAGCCGAUAUUCAACACGCUAAUACUCUAGCUUUGGAUUACCCUCGGGAGAAGGACGGAGCACGUGUUCAGAUGAGAUUAUCUUACAGCCCUUCUGCUCAGUUCUUUCUUUUUCUUGUUCAGUGGACUGAUUGUCACCUCGCUGGUGCCCUCGGCUUGCUCAGAGUCCUUAUCUAUAUGACUUAUGCAGAUGGGAAAACCACAAUGUCUGUUUACGAAAGAAAAGCCACUAUCAGAGAGUUCUACGCUGUUAUAUUCCCGUCCUUGCUGCAACUACAAAGGGGAAUCACAGACCUAGAAGACCGCAAGCAAAAAGAGAUCUGCAAUAUGAGAUACAGAAAGAAGGAUGAGAGCAAAAACUGUGAACUCUCGGAAAUUGAGAUGGAGAGGGAAGAAGAGUGUGGAAUCUGUAUGGAGAUGAACAGCUUGGUCGCUCUGCCUAACUGUACUCAUUCUCUGUGCAUCAAAUGCUAUCGUGAUUGGAGAGGGAGGUCACAGUCAUGUCCUUUCUGUAGAGACAGCCUUAAGAGAGUGGAUUCAGGUGAUCUAUGGGUGUUCUUGGAGAAUACAGAUACAGUGAAUCCCUCUGUGAUUGCUAGAGAGAAUCAGAGAAGGUUGUUUGUGUAUAUUGAGAAGUUACCACUGGUGGUUCCAGAUCAAGCGUUUGCAUCUUCUCCUUACGAUUGUCAUGUGAAGUGAAAUAAGAAGAAAAAGGUGUAAACCGGUUCUGGUGAAAUCUUUACUUUGUAUAUUUUCUGAAUUUGAAUUCGUGGGAGGGAAGAGGACUCCUUUUGUCUAUUUAUUAGAAGUUAGCCAGAAGAUGUAGUAGUAGUAGUUGUUGUCUUCUUAAACUCUGUUUCUUGGGAAAGUUCCACUUACUAGGUGCUUUUUGUGCAUUUUUCUGUGGCCUUACCUUCACUUAUUUACAAAUAUAAAAACCUUCUCUUCAAGAGGAAGAGUUUGUUCACAG